CCGAGCGAUUUCGAGUUCACCCACAAGCAGGGAACAAUGCCAUCGAUCACAAGCCCGCGAAGGAGGUCGCCGUCCCCGCCAUCGCAUCAACAGGCUUCCUCAGCACUUGAAAGAAGCCACCGAGAGAGGAGGCUCUAUGAAGCGUCGCUUGGCGGGUGCGUCGAGUCGUUAGCUCAGUUGCUGCAAGAAGACGGACUCAUCCUGGCUCGGGCUCCUGUCACUUGCUUUGAUGGGACUCCAUUGCAUGUGGCCUGUAUGCAAGGUCAUGUACAUUUUGCCAAGGCUCUUUUGGCUCAUAAAAGGGAUUUGGCUAUGGAGUUGGACUUGCAGGGACGUACGCCUCUUCACUUGGCAUCUGCGAACGGAUACGUCGAAAUAGUGAGGGAAUUGUUACAAUCAGACCCCCUUUCAUGCCUUGUCCAUGACGAAGAUGGGAGGACCCCACUCCAUCUAGCCACAAUGAAGGGCCAAAUCAACAUCGUGAUAGAGCUAGUGAAGGCGAGACCAGAGGCGGUCGAGCAUAGGCUGAGCCACGGCCAAACCACUCUCCAUCUGGGAGUGAGGCAUAAUCGUUUGGAGACUCUAAAAGUCCUGGUGGAGAUGGUGAGAGAUGGCGAUUUGGUGAAUGCUCAAGAUGAUGAGGGUAAUACCAUUUUGCAUUUGGCCGUAGCAAACAAGCAAAUAGAGACAGUGAAAUAUCUGCUUCAAAGAAGUGAAGUGGAUGUGAACACAGUGAAUAGAAAUGGCUUCUCUGCUCUGGAUAUAGUGGAAUAUUUUUCGAAGGAUUUCAAAGUCAUUGAAUUGAGAGAACUGUUAAUACAUGCUGGAGCUCUGAGAGCCAUAAGAUUCCCUGCAUCAACAACUCACCAAGCAACUCCCUCCACUAAUACUCCUCCAAUAGAGGCGGUUCCGCCACUAUCUUUAUUGGGUGAAAUCAGUAAGCGGGAGGAAGACAAACACAAGAAAUGGAUCAAGAAGAAGCACGAUUCUCUGAUGAUAACUGCCACCGUGAUUGCAGCCAUGGCUUACCAAGCCGGCAUUAGCCCUCCCUGCGGCGUGUGGGACAACGAUCACAAAGACAACCAAGGCAAGAUCUUACACUUCGCAGGAACAUCGAUAAUGGCCGCAAACGAUCCAAAGGGUUACUCAAUGUUCUUGACAUACAACACCAUCUCUUUUCUUGCAUCCCUUAGCACGAUCUUCUUGCUCAUAAGUGACUUCCCCUUGGGGAAGAAGGUUCUGACGAGGAUUCUGAUGGCCACAAUGUGGGUGACCAUCAUUUUCACGGCGCUGACUUACCUCCGGUCCAUGCUGGCCUUCUUGCACGUGCACAGGAAUUCUGAAGACGGAGCGGCACCCAUCCCAGUGGCUGCGCUCUUCAUGUUUGUUUUUCUCUGCGCUGUAGCCAUUCUUUUUCUAUUUCACACCGUUCGAUACCUCCGAAAGAUCCUCAAAAGCUCAAGAAUUCAUCAGGAUGUGUGA